AUGGGUAUUAAACAGCUAUACCAGGUCAUUUCCGAAAAUGCCCCCGAUGCGAUCAAAUCGGGUGACAUUAAGAGUCACUUCGGUCGGAAGGUCGCUAUUCUAUCCAGUUCCAUGAGUAUCUACAGUUUCCUCAUCGCCGUGCGAUCCGAAGGCCAGCAGCUCAUGAGCGACUCGGGCGAGACGACAUCACAUUUGAUGGGCAUGUUCUACCGCACCCUACGCAUGGUGGACAACGGAAUCAAGCCUCUAUACGUGUUCGACGGUGCCCCGCCGAAGCUGAAAUCCGGCGAACUAGCCAAGCGAACGGCGCGGAAAAGCGAAGCCACGGAAGCGCACGAAGAGGCCAAGGAGACGGGAACGGCGGAGGAUGUCGAGAAGUUUUCGCGACGGACCGUGCGCGUCACGAGAGAGCAUAACGCGGAGUGCAAGAAGCUCAUCAAGUUGAUGGGGAUUCCCUACAUUGACGCCCCGACGGAGGCAGAGGCGCAGUGCGCCGUGCUCGCGCGGGCGGGGAAGGUCUAUGCGGCUGCGUCGGAGGAUAUGGACACACUUUGCUUCGAGACGCCCAUUCUGCUGCGACAUCUUACAUUCAGUGAGCAGCGGAAGGAGCCUAUUCAGGAGAUCCAUCUGAGCCGUGCGCUGGAAGGCCUCGGCAUGGAUCGUAGCCAGUUCAUCGAUCUAUGUAUCCUACUGGGAUGCGAUUACCUCGAACCAAUCCCUAAGGUGGGACCCAACACGGCGUUGAAACUCAUUCGGGAGCACGGCAGCCUGGAGAAGGUGGUCGAGGCCAUCGAGAGCGACCCCAAGAAGAAAUACGUCAUUCCCGAAGACUGGCCAUACCAGGACGCCCGAGAGUUGUUCCUCCACCCGGAUGUUCGGGACGCCAGUGCUCCCGAGUGCGACUUCAAGUGGGAUGCGCCCGACGUAGAGGGACUCAUUGACUUCCUGGUCAAAGACAAGGGGUUCAACGAGGACCGAGUGCGGAACGGGGCUGCUCGGCUGCAGAAGAACCUAAAGUCAGCCCAGCAAUCCCGGCUGGAGGGCUUCUUCAAGCCAAUGGCCCGGACAGAUGCGGAGAAGGCGAACCUUAAGCGCAAACACGACGAGAAACUACAGGAGCAGAAGAAGCGCAAGAAGGACGAGGCGAAGGCCAAGAAGGAGGCCAAGUCCAGACCUCGCGGUGCCGGGUAG